UGGUGCAAUGUGCCCCAAAGUUUUUGUGGCACUGAAGUGUAAAAUCCAUGGCUCCAGUUAAGGUUUCAUCUUUAAAUACUUCUAACAAUCUUCUUUUUGAUGGUUUGUGUCUUUCAACCUGAAUCUCCUGCCAUCACUUCAAGGAAGGAAGGAGACCUCUAUGAGGAUAAGAAAUAAGGAAACAAAGGAAGUUCCAUUUUAUCUGCUUAUUUUCUAAGGUCUUAUCUCUUGUGAUGUUGUCUGUAACUAGUUUUGCUUUUGAUUCAUAUACCUUUUUCUAGAUAUAAGUCAUCUGCUGUUAUCACCUUCUUCACCUACAUUCUAAGGCCCUAUCCGUGUUUUAAAUAAACAUGAAGCCAACUCUAGGUGAAGAUCUGUGGGGUCCACACAUUCUUCAAUAAUAACUACACUCCCUUAAACUGAUCAAUUGCCAAAUAUCCAUUCGUCUUCAUGCCAUGGAGACUCAGCUUCAAAAUUGUUCCUCAACAAGAAGAAAUAUCCAAGAAAGAACCUGCAAAUCCACCCCACAACAUAUACACAUGAACAAAAUGUUUAAUAUUGUACAAGUCCAACUUAACACCAUGGUUGGAGACAAUAAAACCUGUUCCAGUGACUUCACCCUCAUAGGGCUCUUCACUCAUGGUGCAACCUCAGGCUUCCUUUUCAGCAUAAUUUGUGCUAUAUUCUUCAUGGCCAUGAUAGUUAAUGGGGUCAUGAUCUUCCUGAUCCAUAUAGACCCUUACCUCCAUACCCCCAUGUACUUCCUGCUCAGCCACCUCUCCUUCAUUGACAUGAUGUACAUCUCUACCAUUGUGCCCAAGAUGCUGGUCAAUUAUCUUGUGGGCAAGGGGACUAUCUCCUUCGCUGCCUGUACAGCCCAGCACUUUCUCUACAUGGGCUUUGUGGGGGCUGAAUUUUUCCUGCUAGGACUCAUGGCUUAUGACCGCUAUGUGGCCAUCUGCAACCCGCUUCGCUAUCCUGUUCUUAUGAGCCACCGGGUCUGUUGGAUGAUCUUGGCCAGCUCUUGGUUUGGUGGUGCUUUGGACAGCUUCCUCCUCACUCCGAUCACCAUGAGUCUCCCGUUCUGCAGUUCCCGCAAGAUCAAUCACUUCUUCUGCGAAGCACCUACCAUGCUGAGGCUGGCCUGUGGUGACAAAGCUGCCUAUGAAAUGAUUCUAGGUCACAGCAACACCAUCAUGGGAUCCAUGGAAAUGUACAACACAUCCUCUACAGACUUCACCUUGAUGGGACUGUUCAACAAGAAGGACAUCUCAGGCCUUCUCUUUGCCAUUGUCUCUAUCAUCUUUUUCACUGCAUUGAUGGCCAAUGGGAUUAUGAUCUUCCUGAUCCACACUGAUUCUCGACUGCACACUCCUAUGUACUUCCUUCUCAGCCAUCUCUCCUUCAUUGACAUGAUGUACAUCUCCACCAUUGUGCCCAAGAUGCUGGUUGAUUAUCUGCUGGGUCAAAGAACCAUAUCCUUUAUGGGGUGCACAGCUCAGCACUUCCUCUACCUCACCCUUGUGGGAGCUGAGUUCUUCCUACUGGGCCUCAUGGCCUAUGACCGCUAUGUGGCCAUCUGUAACCCCCUUCGCUACCCUGUCCUUAUGAGUCGCCAGGUCUGUUGGAUGAUCAUAGCAGGUUCCUGGUUUGGAGGCUUUUUGGAUGGCUUCCUUCUAACUCCCAUAACCAUGACCUUUCCUUUCUGCAACUCCCGGGAAAUUAACCAUUUCUUUUGUGAGGCACCUGCAGUCUUGAGUUUGGCAUGUGCAGACACAGCCCUCUAUGAAACAGUAAUGUAUGUGUGCUGUGUCCUGAUGUUGCUGAUUCCUUUCUCUGUGGUGAUUGCUUCUUAUGCCCAAAUCCUGACCACAGUCCACCACAUGAGUUCAGUUGAGGGAAGAAAGAAGGCAUUUGCCACCUGUUCAUCUCACAUGACAGUAGUGACCUUGUUCUAUGGGGCUGCCAUGUACACCUACAUGCUGCCACACUCUUACCAUAGCCCAGCCCAGGAUACAGUCUUCUCUGUGUUCUACACAAUCCUUACACCAAUGCUGAAUCCACUCAUCUACAGUCUGAGGAACAAGGAUGUGACUGGAGCUCUGAAGAGGGCAAUGGGCAGGUUCAAAUGUACACAAAAAGUGUCAGGAGAUGUGUUUUGACAAUGUCUUCUUCUCAUGUGGAUGACAAAUAGGAGCCUUUGUGGACAUUGUGGCCAUGCUCUUAAUGAAGGAUUAACCUGGAGGGAAGAUUUAAUUGUGCAGAAGAAGAAAAAGGAAAAGAAAAAGAGCAAUAUAAGAAAUGUAUCCUCUUAAUCUUCAUUCCUUCAUCUCUUCUUUCCUUUCUUAUAUCUUCCAUUUAUUAUGACCUGUUCACUUGCAUUCAAAAUA